AUGUCUUCUAACCCCACAGAGUUCUACCAAGAGCGAGACAGCCUUGUCAAAAACAUGAACGAAAUAAUCCCCUGCCUAAAUGACCACACAAUCCCGGAUCUAGAAUACCGCUUCUUCAGCUCGCUCAAGAGCAUCAAGCGACGCCUCAAAAGCCUCAUCAGACAAGAAGAUGACAACAUGGACAACAUUAACAAGCUCAUAGCUGAGCGCUGCACCGACUACAUGGACGUCGUGGCAACACAGCUUUUGUCCGAACCCGUCGAUCGCGUGACCGUCUUCCCCGAGCUGCUUCUCAUGAUCAAGAUGCAGAUUGGGAGGCUGAGGCUGAAGGGCGCGGGCGCUGAUCCGGGUGCGGAUGAGUUCGAUCGUCUGGCGGAGCGCUUAGAUGAUAAGUAUCAGGUUAGGACGCCGGCGGUGAUUUUUGCGGGCGCGUGGAUGUAUUUGAAUUUGUAUUGUUCUAGUACUUCUGCUGGGACGUGGCCGUAA